AUGGAACUUGUAAACGAUGAAUUCAUAGAUCUUGAUCUAUCCACUCCAACAACCUCUACUGCCAAAGCUGUAGAGAAUGUAGAGAAUUUAGAGAACAUAGAGAACAACAUAAACGUAAAGAACAAAAAGAAUAUAGAGGACAUAGAGAACACUGAGAACACUGACAACAACACUGACACUUCUUAUAAGAAUAGUUCCAAUUCGGGAACAACUACACCUACUCAUAACGAAACAUUAGGUGACGAUAAUAAUGAUCCUAGCGGAAAUAUUAGUCAGAAUAACAAUAGUAGUGGUAGUAUUAAUAAUGUCACAAAUAUAUCUUUAGAUAAAGAAAAAUUUGUAAAAGGUUUAUCAAUUCUAUUGAAGCCUGUUAUCGAAGAGAUGGAUAAUAGAAUUGUGGCAGUUAAAACAAGUCAGUUGGAAUUAAAUAAAGAGAUUGAAAGAUUGUUAGCAGAGCUACAAUUAUUCGUCGAAGCAACAGAAGCGCCACCUAUUCAACCUUCAAUUCAAAAAUUAGCGGUCGCCCGAAGGAAGUUAGCAAACACAAAUCAAACUUUGAAAAUUGUGCAUGACAGAGUUGAUCGAAUGUAUGCUCAAUUGAGUAAAGAAAAUGCUAUAAAUAAUAAAUCUGCUGCAUCCUAG